UAUCAGGUGAGCUCUCGUAGCGAAGGAAUCGCAGUGAAAAAACGCGACAUUCAUUGUUCACCUGACUUUUCAAUCUCAUUGUACCAGAUUGAAGAUCAAGAAAAGUGGCAUUCUAUCUCGACGACAUUUCAGAAAACCGUCAUUGAUAAUUAAUAGUAGAGUUUCAACUUAGGCGUAUUAACGUCACACGAUUAAGAAGCCGCGGCACCAAUGACAAUGCUAGGCUCAGAACAACGGCAGUGAAAGAUGGUGGACAAAGAAGAGCUGAGAAUAACGAAGGCGAAGGCCCCACCACCACCGCUGAAUCUCAGUGAAGCGAUCGAGGAUGAAGUGCUGAACCAAAAGACUGCUAGAAUUCUUAAAAAUGAUCUUCUUCUACACGAGGCUGUGAUAAAGAACGAAGCGGACACUGUUCGUAAAGUACUUAAGGAGACUGUCGACGUAGAUUCCAGAAAUAAUUAUGGUCGCGCUCCGAUUCAUUGGGCAGCAUCUAGAGGAAACACAGAAAUUAUUGAAAUGUUAAUACAAGCCAAGUGCGAUAUCGAAGCGAGAGAUAAGUAUGGAAUGCGACCCUUGCAUAUGGCCGCCCAGCACGGUCACCGAGAUGCGGUGAAGAUGCUGAUCAAUGCUGGAGCAAAUGUAUCCGCGGUUAACAAGAAACAACACACUCUUUUAAUGUGCGGCGCUCGUGGCAGCAACGUCGCCGUAGUGGAGUACUUGGCGGAUGCAGUGGAAUCGUUAAACGGUGAGGCAACUGACUCCACCGGGGCGACUGCUCUUCAUCAUGCAGCCAUCACCGGACAUCCGGCGGUAAUCACAGCGCUUGCAAACAUCCCGCGGAUCGUGCUGGACACCACGGACAAGAAAGGACAAACACCGCUGCACUGUGCCUGCGCCAAAGAGCACUUGGACGCGGUUGAGGUCCUUAUAGGAUUAGGGGCGAAUGUAGAUGCCCAGGAUAACGAUGGCAAUACUCCACUUCACGUAGCUACUAGAACGAGGCACACAGGAAUCGCGCAAUUAUUAUUAAAGGCCGGAGCAAACACCGAACUAAUUGACGCGGAGGGUUUUACUCCUCUUCAUGUCGCUGCAAGUCAAGGAUGCAAAGGAAUACUCGACUCCAUGAUUCAACAUGGGGCCGAUCUUAACAAGCAGUGUAAGAACGGUAAUACACCUUUACAUUUGGCCUGCCAAAACAACGAAGUAGAAACAGUAGAGAUAUUAAUUAAUAAAGGCGUCGAUCUCAAUUGUUUGAAUCUGAGGCUUCAAUCGUCCAUACAUAUUGCGGCUGAGAUGGGACAUACGGAUAUUUGCGAAUUACUUCUUGCGGCAGGCGCGAAUAUUGAGCAGAAAGAACAGAGCGGCCGAACACCACUUUACAUUGCGGCAAGAGGCAGUUUCACAGCCAUCGUCGACAUGAUCAUUAAGACCGCUAGAUUAGAUUAUCCGACCCCGGAGGUUCGAGAGUUGACUCCAGCACGGAGGUGGUGGAGGGAAGGAUCGCGUGGUGGCAGCAUCUCCAGCAAUAAUGGUCGCCUCUCGGAGCAAAUCCGAUCCAUUCUUUGGAAGUUGGCCUAUAAACAACUUGCCCCUGAAGAUUGGAAAAAAUUAGCUGUUCACUGGACCUUCACCCCUGAACAGAUUAGAGCUAUCGAACAUCAGUAUACGGUGCGUCUAGAGCAGCCUUAUGAAAAGGACGAUAAAGCUCCAAUUAUAGGUCCCGCGAGUUUCAAGGAGCACGGAUUUCGAAUGUUAAUGAUCUGGGCCUCCGGAUUAAAUCCAGACGUGUCACUGAUAAAAGAGCUCUGUGAAGCUUUAUCAGCGGUGGACAAGAAAGCAAUUGCUGAUUCCAUUCAUAAACAAAUGGAGCAGGGAGAUGAUGGUGAGGUAAAAUCGAAAGGGCAACGAUGUCAUAAAUGCUCCAUUGCGUGAAUAUUUACAAGUGCCAAAUUCACAUGCAAAUUCUACACAUAUGAAAAUCUGAACGAAAAUUGUAAUUUACGUAAGACGUAAUAGUUAUUGUCAAAAGCUUACCUGCAUUUUAAUGAGAAGAGUUCAACGAACUUGGCAAAUGCCAUUAA